GCAUAGCACCGGAAGCAGCUGACUUAAUGGUGUCACAGAGAAUUCCGUUCCCCUGUUACACUCGUUAACAUGGCCACUGCGGUGUGCAGCAGGUUGCUUUUCCAGAGGUCGACUCGAGGAUUUCUGUCCUUUUCCAAUACAAUUCCUGCUUUCUCUUGCCCAUUUCUGUCUCGCGCUCACAGAUUGGAACCUGGUGAUGAUGAGUUGUACCAGAAAACCACGGUGUCCAUCAUGAAGAAGGAGGCAGACAGUGGGAUCAUGAUCCACAGCUACAGCCCCAUAGGAUUUACCGUAGAUAGUAACCAGGUGCUCGGGCCCUGUGCUCUGCUGCCUCCUGCCAUCCUGCAGUGGAACGUUGGUAGUCACGAAGACAUCACAGAGGAAAGCGUCUCUCUUUUCCACAUGAUUGCACCAACAAUUGAGAUUCUUGUGCUGGGAACAGGAGCCCGGCUUGAGCGAAUCAACCCCUUAGUUCUUGCCUUACUGAGGCGUAAAGGCAUCGCUGUGGAGGUGCAGGACACGCCGAACGCAUGUGCAACAUUCAACUUUUUGAUUAGUGAGCGAAGACUGGUCGCCGCUGGUCUGAUUCCCCCGUCUCUGAGCAAAGCUCUGGAUAUUAAAUGAGACUAAAUGUGGUAUUGUGAGAGUGAAAGCAGGACAGACUCACUUUGUUCCAAGGUCAGCCGGCAGAGGAGCUUCCAAAUGUGUCCAGCUUUACCGAACAUUGUUGCAGCAGCCGCCGUCUCUUACUGACCGGAGUCUAGUUUCAUAUUUUCUCAAAAGCAACAAAUGGUUGGCUGCAUGUUCAGAAAUCUGCUUGUGCGUGAAAUGUUUUGCAUUUUAAGAAUAGAAGCAUCUGCAUGUAGUUGCUCUGGUGAAAGUUAACAGUGAUGAAGUCAAACUGUAUACUUGUAAAUAAAGUGUAUGUGAGUGUG